GAAAAUUCUCAUUUUCCAUUUUCCAUUUUCCAUUGCUUCGUCUCUGGUCUCCUGGGAUUCCACAUCGGACGCCACCGGCUUCGAGCUCUUCGAUCCCAUGAAUCCCUGAGACCGAUCGAUCGAUCGGUAGAUUAACUUGAUGAGGAAGGGAUUUUGGCAUCCGAUUAACAUUGGAGGAUUUUGGUGUAGAAUCUGUUCUUAUAAGAUCGGGGAGUUGGAAUAUCGUAGACCCAGUUUGGACCCUCUUGGAUUAUGGUGAUUUAGCUUAAGGGUGACCAAUUGGCAGCGACGGGAGUGAGUGUUGGAGAUAGGUUGAAAUUUAAGGAGGACUGGCCGGGGAAGAUGGCCUCGGGGAAGUUGGAAGGCCCUUCGGCUCCCGCUGUCCGCCGAGAUCCCUAUGAGGUGCUGUGUGUCUCGAGAGAUUCAUCUGACCAGGAGAUCAAAUCUGCGUAUAGAAAGCUUGCACUCAAGUAUCAUCCUGAUAAAAACACAAGCAAUCCUGAAGCAUCAGAACUUUUCAAGGAAGUUGCAUAUUCUUAUAGUAUCCUAUCAGAUCCAGAGAAAAGAAGACACUAUGAUUCUGCUGGUUUUGAGGCUUUGGAUAAUGAGAACAUGAAUAUGGAGAUUGACCUGUCCAACCUUGGAACUGUAAAUACAAUGUUUGCAGCACUUUUCAGCAAGCUGGGAGUUCCUAUUAAAACUACGAUUGCUGCUGCUGUUCUUGAAGAAGCUCUAAAUGGAACUGUCACAGUUAGACCACUUCCUCUUGGAACAUCAUCAAAUGGCAAGGUUGAUAAACAAUGUGCUCACUUUUUUAGUGUCACAAUCAACGAGGAACAAGCACAAGUAGGGGUUGUUAUCCGAGUAACAUCAGCUGCCCAAAGUAAAUUUAAGUUACUUUACUUUGAGCAAGAAAUACAUGGUGGUUAUGGACUGGCUUUACAGGAAGAUAGUGAAAAGACUGGAAAGGUAACAUCUGUAGGAAUGUACUUCCUACAUUUUCAAGUUUAUAGGAUGGAUUCAACAGUCAAUGCAUUAGCAAUGGCCAAAGAUCCAGAGGCUGCUUUUUUCAAAAAGUUGGAGGGUCUUCAACCUUGUGAAGUAUCUGAACUAAAACCUGGAACCCACAUAUUUGCUGUUUAUGGUGAUAAUUUUUUCAAAUCUGCUAGCUAUACAAUUGAAGCUAUCUGUGCUGCAUCAUAUAAAGAUACCACUGAGAAGCUUAAAGAGAUUGAGGCUCAAAUUUUAGCAAAAAGAAACGAUCUGCGCCAGUUUGAAGUAGAGUACAGAAAAGCACUCGCACGCUUUCAGGAAGUGACAAGCAAAUACAACGAAGAAAGGCAAUCUGUUGAUGAGUUGCUGAAACAAAGAGACAUUAUACAAUCCUCUUUUACAACUGUGCGAACUUUGGUCAAUUCCAGUGGAGUUACUAGUAGCAGCAGCAAAAUUCCAACCGAGGAUGACAGAUCAGAUAGCCCGGUAGAGAAUGCAAAUUCUGAUGGGAAAGAGAAGUCAAGUAAGAAGAAAUGGUUCAACCUCAAUCUAAACCGUUCUGAUAAAAAGGAUUGAGUAGUAUAGAGUGAUAUUCUUUUGUAAAUGUGGGAAAUUUUAUGGUUUGCUUGAAUAUGCAACGCUGCCCUCGUGCAAGUCUGUAGACGGGUAAAGUCAAUUCAGCCAUUAGUUAGCCUUUUCACAGGGCUCCCAAAGUUUUACUAGUUUUCACUCCAAUGCAUUGUUCAGUUGGAUGCAUUAGCUUUAUAAACCUACCCAUGGGCUUUAGGUUUAGCAAGAAAAUGAAGUGGUGUUAAUUGGUCAGCGGUCGUGAUCUUCCUUCUAUAUGUUUAUUUCAGUUUGUUGGAUGUUAUGUAUAUGGUUAUAAGUUAGUAGAUGUACUCGAUGAAUGAUCAACCCAA